AUGCAACACGGAGCAACACCAGAGCCAAGGCAACACCGGAGGCAACACCAGAGCCAAGGCAACACCGCGAAGCAACACCAGGCAACCCGAGCACACACCAAGGCAAAACACCGGAGCAAGCAAACCGGACCAAAGGACAAACGAGCAACACACAGCCAAGGCAACACCGGACAACACCAAGCCAAGGCAACACCGGAGCAACACUACAGCCAAGGCAACACACCAAGCAAGCCAAGCAACCCGGAGCAAACAAAGCAAGGCAAACCGGAGCAACUCAACACCAGGCAAGGCAAAACGGAGCAACCACAGCAACACAGACAACCGGGAAAGGCAACACCACCACAACACCGGCAACACAACAAGAAACCCCAAGAAAAACCGACCCAAAGGCAACACCGGACAACACCGGGCCAAGGCAACACCGGACAAUGCACCCAGAGCCAAGGAAAACAGGAGCAACUGCACACCAGACCCAAAGGCAACACCGGAAAGCAACACCCAGCCAAGCACACGGAGCAACACAGAGCCAAGGAACACCGGAGCAACAACCGGGCCAAAGGCAACACCGGGGGCAAACCAGAGCCAAGCACACCGGAGAAACCAACCCCAAGCACACCGGGAACAACCCCAGAACGCAACCCAAAGCCAAGCAACACCGGAACAACACCAAGCCAAGGCAACACCGGGCAGCACCAACCAAGCAACACGGCAACACCAGACCCAAGAAACCCGGAGCCAAGUGAGAUUAAUCCCCUCAAAAGACCCGGCACAAUUUCGUCUGUGUUGCCUAGGAGUUCGUUAUUUUUUACACAAGUGCAUUGUACUGAGCGGUCUUCUGGAACCUCUUUCAAAUAA